GCCGGGAGGCGGGCGUGCCCGCGGGGUCCCUUCAAGAUGGCGGCGCAGAGGAGGAGCCUGCUGCAGAGUGGUAUCUGAGUAUGCAGGUGGUGUGCGGGGCUUGCUGUCCUGCCCUCUGCUGUCCUGAGUCGUGAGAGCAGCUCAAACAUCAUCAUUCAGCAGAUGGCUGUGAGGGCUGCUAGUCUGUGGUUACUGAGCCUGGGGAUAUGAAGGAGCAACAGCCAAGCUGGACAGAUGACCUGCCGCUCUGCCACCUCUCUGGGGUGGGCUCAGCCUCCAACCGUAGCUACUCUGCUGAUGGCAAGGGCACUGAGAGCCAUCCGCUGGAGGACAGCUGGCUCAAGUUCAGGAGUGAGAACAACUGCUUCCUGUAUGGGGUCUUCAAUGGCUACGAUGGGAACCGGGUGACCAACUUCGUGGCCCAGCGGCUGUCCGCAGAGCUCCUGCUGGGCCAGCUCAAUGCCGAGCACACAGAUGCUGACGUGCGGCGUGUACUGCUGCAGGCCUUCGAUGUGGUGGAGAGGAGCUUCCUGGAGUCCAUCGAUGAUGCUUUAGCUGAGAAGGCCAGCCUUCAGUCCCAGCUGCCAGAGGGGGUCCCCCAGCACCAGCUGCCUCCUCAAUAUCAGAAGAUCCUCGAAAGACUCAAGGUGUUGGAGAGGGAGAUUUCAGGAGGGGCCAUGGCCGUCGUGGCGGUCCUUCUCAACAACAAGCUUUACGUCGCCAACGUAGGUACAAACCGUGCGCUUUUAUGCAAAUCCACGGUGGACGGGCUGCAGGUGACACAGCUGAACAUGGACCACACCACAGAGAAUGAGGAUGAGCUCUUCCGCCUCUCACAGCUGGGUUUGGACGCAGGAAAGAUCAAGCAAGUGGGGAUCAUCUGCGGGCAGGAGAGCACCAGGCGCAUUGGGGAUUACAAGGUCAAAUACGGCUACACUGACAUCGACCUGCUCAGCGCUGCCAAGUCCAAGCCAAUCAUCGCGGAGCCCGAAAUCCACGGCGCACAGCCCCUGGAUGGGGUGACUGGCUUCCUGGUGCUGAUGUCCGAGGGGCUGUACAAGGCCCUGGAGGCAGCCCACGGGCCUGGGCAGGCCAACCAGGAGAUUGCUGCCAUGAUUGACACUGAGUUCGCCAAGCAGACAUCCCUGGAUGCUGUGGCCCAGGCCGUGGUGGACCGGGUGAAGCGUAUCCACAGUGACACCUUUGCCAGUGGCGGGGAGCGCGCCAAGUUCUGCCCGAGGCACGAGGACAUGACCCUGCUGGUGAGGAACUUUGGCUACCCUCUGGGCGAAAUGAGCCAGCCCACAGCAUCCCAGGCCCCAGCCGCAGGAGGACGCGUAUACCCUGUGUCCGUGCCAUACUCGAGCACCCAGAGCACCAGCAAGACCAGCGUGACCCUCUCUCUCGUCAUGCCCUCGCAGGGCCAGCUGGUCAAUGGAGCCCACAGCGCUUCCACCCUGGACGAAGCCACUCCCACCCUCACCAACCAGAGCCCGACCCUGACCUUGCAGUCCACCAACACGCACACCCAGAGCAGCAGCUCCAGCUCGGAUGGAGGGCUCUUCCGCUCCCGGCCUGCCCACUCGCUCCCGCCUGGCGAGGAUGGCCGUGUUGAGCCCUAUGUGGACUUCGCUGAGUUUUACCGCCUCUGGAGCGUGGACCACGGGGAGCAGAGCGUGAUGACGGCACCAUAGUCCCCUGCCGGGGAGUGCAGCCCGAGCGAGAUCUUGCACGGGGACAAGGGGCUCACCUCUGGGGCAGGAUGGUUUUUGUCCUGCCAAUUAACCUGUGCCGUGGGGGCCAGUGGGGGCCCAGUCAGCCCUCAGUCUGCACCAUACUCUCACCCCCAGCUCUUGGUGCUGUACAAAUAUCCUCCCAGAGAGCGCCAGUGCAGAUGGACCCCUUGGGGAUACCUUGUCACUACACAGGGCUGGAGGCCACGCCCUCAGGCAGCCAGGACCACCGCUGUUUCUCAGAACGAGGGGCUGGCCUGGAAGCUCACGUGUGGGGCAGAAUGUGAAGAGGUUCUCCUGUGACCCUGCAUGUCACAGGCCCAGCAGCCACUGCUUUCUCCAGGCCACGCCCCUCUGGCCACCACCUCCCCUGGAAGAGCCUGUGGCCCCUGCUAGUGCCCCUCCCCACUGGGUGGUGCUUCCCCUUCUCCAUCCUCUAGAGCGGAGGAGCGGAGUCCAGGUUGGUGUGUGAACCUUUGAAGCCUGCAGCCGCCCCUGGGCCCAUCUUGGGUCCGCAGGCUUGUCAGUGGUAACCGGUCAGGAAGACCAGGGAAGUGUUGGCCUAGGAUGCCUGCAGAGGGCAGGCUGGCCUGGGUUCUGAGUUAGAACGUCUUACACGCGUUCUCUACCUUCUGUGGGCAGGGGUGCCGCCAGGCCCAUCGGCAGGGUUGUGUUCCUGUUUUCAGAGGAGAACCAGGCCCAGGAGACUCACAACUUGCCCAAGUUACACGGUCCAGUCCAUGGGGGAGCAGAACAGACCUUCUAUGAGGCCCCCAGGCCUCCCAGAUUCUGCGUCCCCCUCCCCAGUUCCCACCUCCUGCCCCACGAGGCCCCAGACACAGCUCACCAGCGGUAGGCCUCUGUGUGCAGCCUCCGAUGUGCUUAGACUCUGAAAAGUCAAGGCGGAUUCCAAGGCCCUGCUCGCCCUCUGGCCCCGGAAUACGGUUCCCUAGGGAAGGGCGGCACAAGCAGAAGAAAAGCGAGUCUUGGCAGAGCCCUCACGCCCCUCCACUAGGAAGCCAUGUCUGUUCUUCAGGUGAACGGAUUUAAAAUUAGUCACAAAGGCUAGGGAACAAAGGGAAUUCUCUUCCAAGAAUGUCUCAGUGAUGCUGUUUCAUCUCUAGAAAUAGAGCUCUUUUUUACCACAGUAAAGAAAUAAUAAAUGGUGGUAUUAAACGUGAA